AUGACAACCUAUAAAAAAGCUCUACUUCUAAUUGACAUCCAAAAUGACUAUUUCCAGGAUCAAAAUGGUAAAUACCCACUAGUCAACAUUAAUGAAGCUGCUCAGCAAUCCUCAAUUCUAUUAAACUCCAUAAGAAAAGAUCAUAAAGAUGUUUUAAUCAUCCAUAUUCGUCAUAUUGAACAAGAUCCAAAUGCCCCUUUCUUUGUUAAAGAUUCUUCAGGUGCUAAAAUCAAUGAUAUCGUUACUCCACAAAAUGAUGAGAUUAUCAUAACUAAACAUCAUCCAAACUCUUUUAUCGAAACAGGACUUCAAAACACAUUAGAGGAGCAUGGUGUAAAAGAAUUAAUUAUCGUUGGUGCAAUGACUCAUAUGUGUGUUCAGGGAACUGCAAGAAGUGGUGCUGAAUUAGGUUAUGAUGUUGUUGUGGUUAAAGAUGCAAUUGCUACAAGAGAUUUAGACUUUGAUGGGAAAGUUGUUUCUGCUGAACAAGUUACAACUACUGUUUUGUCAACUUUGUCAUUUUUAUAUGGUAAAGUUUCUAGUGUUGAUGAAGUAUUGGAGAAUCUGGGAUAA